GUCUUGCACAAUCAGGUUCCUGGGGCUGUUUUGAUGAGUUUAACAGAAUUGAAUUGCCUGUGCUAUCAGUGGCGGCCCAACAAAUUUAUAUUGUUUUGACAGCAAGAAAAGAAAGAAAGAAGCAGUUUAUUUUUUCUGAUGGUGAUUGUGUUGAUUUAAAUCCAGAAUUUGGAAUCUUCUUAACAAUGAACCCUGGAUAUGCUGGGCGCCAGGAACUACCAGAAAACUUAAAAAUCCAGUUUAGAACUGUUGCUAUGAUGGUUCCUGACAGACAGAUCAUUAUGCGAGUUAAACUUGCAAGCUGUGGUUUUCUUGAAAAUGUUGUCUUGGCUCAAAAGUUUUAUGUUCUUUACAAACUCUGUGAAGAGCAACUUACUAAACAGGUUCAUUAUGAUUUUGGGUUGAGAAAUAUUCUAUCUGUAUUGAGGACACUUGGAUCUCAAAAAAGAGCCAGACCAGAAGAUAGUGAAUUAAGCACUGUCAUGAGAGGACUAAGAGAUAUGAACCUUUCUAAAUUGGUUGAUGAAGAUGAACCCCUGUUCCUCAGCUUAAUCAAUGACCUGUUUCCAGGAUUACAAUUGGAUAGUAAUAGUUAUGUGGAACUGCAAGCUGCAGUAGCCAACCAGGUUCAGGAAGAAGGUUUGAUUAACCAUCCACCCUGGAACCUGAAACUUGUGCAGCUAUAUGAGACGUCUCUGGUACGCCAUGGCUUGAUGACUCUUGGGCCCAGUGGUUCUGGGAAGACAACGGUUAUAACAAUUCUCAUGAAGGCAUUAACCGAAUGUGGAAGGCCUCAUAGAGAAAUGCGAAUGAAUCCAAAAGCUAUUACUGCGCCUCAGAUGUUUGGCAGACUGGACACUGCUACCAACGACUGGACAGAUGGGAUUUUUUCUACUCUGUGGAGAAAAACAUUAAAAGCUAAAAAAGGUGAAAACAUUUUCCUCAUUUUAGAUGGCCCUGUGGAUGCCAUUUGGAUUGAGAACUUAAAUUCUGUGUUGGACGACAAUAAAACUCUCACAUUAGCUAAUGGAGAUCGCAUUCCCAUGGCCCCUAAUUGUAAACUUUUGUUUGAAGUCCACAAUAUUGAGAAUGCCUCUCCUGCCACAGUUUCCAGGAUGGGCAUGGUCUAUAUCAGCAGUUCUGCUCUCAGCUGGAGGCCAAUAUUGCAGGCAUGGUUGAAGAAGCGCACUGCACAGGAAAGUACUAUAUUCCUGAGUCUGUAUGAUAAAGCAUUUGAAGAUACAUAUACAUUUAUGAAACUAAACCUCAGUCCCAAAAUGCAGCUCUUAGAGUGCAACUAUAUUAUGCAAUCUCUCAAUCUUCUGGAAGGUUUAAUUCCCUCCAAAGAAGAAGGUGGUAUUUCAUGUGUUGAACAUCUUCAUAAAUUAUUUGUAUUUGGCCUAAUGUGGAGUUUAGGAGCCCUUCUGGAACUGGAAAACAGAGAAAGGCUUGAAGCCUUCUUACGACAACAUGAAAGCAAGUUAGACUUACCAGAUAUACCUAAAGGCACGAAUCAAACCAUGUAUGAGUUUUAUGUUACUGAUUAUGGUGAUUGGGAGCACUGGAAUAAGAAACUUCAGCCAUAUUAUUAUCCGACUGACAGUAUUCCAGAAUAUUCAUCAAUUUUGGUUCCAAAUGUUGACAAUAUUCGAACAAAUUUUUUGAUAGACACCAUUGCAAAACAAAACAAAGCUGUUUUGCUCACAGGAGAGCAGGGAACUGCAAAAACUGUAAUGAUUAAGGCCUAUUUGAAAAAAUAUGAUCCUGAAGUACAGCUAUCCAAAAGUCUAAACUUUUCAUCUGCCACAGAACCAAUGAUGUUUCAGAGAACAAUUGAGAGCUAUGUGGACAAGCGAGUGGGAAGCACAUAUGGGCCGCCAGGAGGAAGAAAAAUGACUGUAUUUAUUGAUGAUAUUAAUAUGCCUGUGAUUAAUGAGUGGGGAGAUCAGAUAACUAAUGAGAUUGUGAGACAGAUGAUGGAAAUGGAAGGAAUGUAUAGCUUGGAUAAGCCUGGAGACUUCACUACUAUUGUUGAUGUGCAGCUUAUAGCAGCAAUGAUCCACCCUGGAGGUGGUCGAAAUGAUAUUCCACAACGUUUAAAAAGACAAUUUACUGUGUUUAAUUGCACAUUACCUUCAAAUGCUUCAAUAGACAAAAUUUUUGGAGUUAUUGGCUGUGGAUACUUUGAUCCUUGUAGAAAGUUCAAACCUGAAAUAUGUGAGAUGAUUAUGAAUUUAGUCUCAGUGGGCAGAGUGCUGUGGCAGUGGACUAAGCUGAAGAUGCUGCCAACUCCUUCUAAAUUUCAUUACAUCUUCAAUCUUCGAGAUCUUUCCAGAAUCUGGCAAGGAAUGUUAACCAUAAAAGCUGAGGAGUGUGAUUCAAUCACUGUUCUCCUGUCACUUUUCAAACAUGAGUGCAACAGAGUAAUUGCAGACAGAUUUAUAACUCAUGAAGAUGAGCUGUGGUUUAAUGCACAUCUCAUUCGUGCAGUCGAAGAAAAUAUUGGCUCCAACGUGGUAUCAUGUAUUCUUCCUGAACCAUACUUUGUGGAUUUUCUCUGUGAGACGCCUGAACCAACUGGUGAAGAACCCGAAGACACUACGUUUGAAGUACCCAAAAUCUAUGAAUUGAUACCAUCCUUUGACUUUCUGUCUGAAAAACUCCAGUUUUACCAGAAACAGUUUAAUGAAAUCAUUAGAGGAACAUCUCUUGAUCUGGUGUUUUUUAAAGAUGCAAUGACUCAUCUUAUUAAGAUUUCACGAAUAAUUCGAACAUCAUGUGGAAAUGCGUUGCUGGUGGGUGUUGGUGGUUCAGGAAAACAAAGUCUUUCAAGGUUGGCCUCUUUUAUAGCUGGAUAUCAGAUAUUCCAGAUAACAUUAACCAGGUCUUACAACGUGAAUAAUCUAACAGAGGACUUAAAAUCUUUGUACAAAGUUGCUGGUGCCGAUGGAAAAGGCAUCACCUUCAUCUUUACUGACAAUGACAUAAAAGAUGAAGCAUUUCUAGAAUACCUUAACAACCUGCUGUCUUCAGGGGAGAUCUCCAGUUUGUUUGCACGGGAUGAGAUGGAUGAAAUCACCCAAGGUCUGAUAUCGGUGAUGAAAAAGGAGCUGCCUCGUCAUCCUCCUACCUUCGAUAAUCUGUAUGAAUACUUCAUUUCUCGAUCAAGGAGGAACUUGCAUGUUGUUCUCUGCUUUUCCCCAGUUGGUGAGAAGUUCCGUGCCCGUUCUUUGAAAUUUCCUGGCUUGAUAUCAGGUUGCACUAUGGAUUGGUUCAGUCGCUGGCCAAAGGAGGCUCUGGUCGCUGUAGCCUCCUAUUUCCUUUCUGGCUAUGAUAUUGUCUGCUCUAGUGAAAUUAAAAGACAAGUUGUAGAAACAAUGGCACUCUUUCAUGAUAUGGUUUCAGAGAGCUGUGAAAGUUAUUUCCAAAGGUACCGCCGAAGAGCACAUGUGACUCCUAAAUCUUAUCUCUCAUUUAUAAAUGGUUAUAAAAACAUUUAUACUGAAAAGGUGAAAUACAUUAAUGAACAAGCUGAUCGUAUGAAUAUUGGUCUUGAUAAGCUUAUGGAGGCAAGUGAAUCUGUUGCUAAACUCUCUCAGGAUCUUGCAGUAAAGGAGAAGGAAUUGGCAGUGGCUUCUGUAAAAGCAGAUGAAGUGUUAGCAGAAGUCACAAUAAGUGCUCAGGCUUCAGCCAAAGUAAAAAACGAAGUACAGGAGGUAAAAGACAAAGCCCAGAAAAUUGUGGAUGAAAUUGAUAGUGAAAAAGUUAAAGCUGAGACCAAACUUGAGGCCGCUAAACCUGCGCUGGAAGAAGCAGAAGCAGCCCUGAAUACUAUCAAACCAAAUGAUAUUGCCACAGUCAGGAAACUUGCAAAACCACCACAUCUUAUUAUGAGAAUCAUGGACUGUGUUCUGUUACUCUUUCAAAAGAAAAUUGACCCUGUUAGUAUGGAUCCAGAAAAACCAUGCUGCAAGCCAUCAUGGGGAGAGUCAUUAAAG